UUUUUUGUUCAUAUAUACAACCAAACCCAGAAAGUGAAAACCAAACCAAAAUUUUUCUCCUUUUCUAUUUGCUGGUUCGAUUUUUUCGCCGGGAAAAAAUUAUAUCGAUCAAUUUCAUCACUUUUCCGGUGAAAUUGACAAAUCGCCGAAACUUUCCGGCCAGAUCUACUAACGUUGAAUAACUGAAGGUAUAAUUUGGAGUUAUGAAGUAUUUAGGUAAUGUUUAAAUGUGACUUUGUGUCGUAAUUGUGAGAUUUAGUUUAAAAUGGAGGAUAGUGUGAGAUCAGGAGGGGGUGUAUUGAAGAAAAAAAGCUCUUCUGGUUGUUUAAUUAUUAAAAAGAAAGAUGACAAAAUGGUGAAGAAGAGGCCAAGGUUUGUCAUGACUGAUCACGUGUCGAAUGAUGAGUUAUCGGAGUCAAUUCGGAGGAAAAAUGGUCAAUUUUUUAGUAAUGGUUAUGGAAAAAGUGGUGUUAGAGAUGGAGAAUUUGGUAGGAAUGUGAAUUUGCUUGAUCUUAAUGAGUACGAAGAAUGUGAUGUGAAAAGGCAAUUGAAUGGGUAUAGUGAUGAGAUAUCGGAGUCAAUUCGGAGAAAAACUGGUCAAAAAUUUCGUAAUGGUUCUGUUGUUUAUGGAAAAAGUUGUGUUAGAGAUGGAGAAUUUGGUAGGAAUGCGGCUUUGCUUGAUUUAAACGAGUACGAAGAAUGUGAUGUGAAAAGGCAAUUGAAUGGGUAUAGUGAUGAGAUAUCGGAGUCAAUUCGGAGAAAAACUGGUCAAAAAUUUCGUAAUGGUUCUGUUGUUUAUGGAAAAAGUUGUGUUAGAGAUGGAGAAUUUGGUAGGAAUGCGGCUUUGCUUGAUUUAAACGAGUACGAAGAAUGUGAUGUGAAAAGGCAAUUGGAUGGGUAUGGUGAUGAGAUAUCAGAGUCAAUUCGGAGAAAAAAUGGUCAAAAACUCCGUAAUGGUUCUGUUGUUUAUGGAAAAAGUUGUGUUAGAGAUGGAGAAUUUGGUAGGAAUGCGGAUUUGCUUGAUUUAAACAAGUACGAAGAAUGUGAUGUGAAAAGGCAAUUGAAUGGGUACAGUGAUGUCAGAUCGAACAUGAUUGAAAGAAGAGGGAGUUGUAGAGAGUUCGGGAGUGGGUCUGGGAGUGUGAUGGUUGAGAAGAGGAAGCUUUCAUGUAUGGAUAGUUCAAGUAGUUUUUCAGGUAGUAGGAUGAAGGGCGAUGACAAUGGCUUUAUGAGAAGGUAUGAUUUGUUAGAGGGUGAAGUGCGUAUGCCCAUUUCGUUGACCAGAGAAGCCACUCAUGAAGCAAUCAGAUUGCAAGGGAAAAAUGGGGUAUUAAAGGUUAUGUUGAAUAAGAAGAAGAAGAUUGACUUAAUGCACAAGGAUUAUGAUCCUGUGGAAAUAGAAAAUAGAAAAGGUUCUCAGUCGGCAGAUGUUGUCAAGAGGAAUUUACUAGUCCAUCCGUCCUUUUACUCGGGUUCUAAACACCCGGAAAAGCAACCUUUGUCUAUUAAAACAGAGAAAAAUGAGCUGAAACUGGAAAAACCUUUGUUGGGUAAAAUCAUCCGUUCAGUAGCCUCUGAAAAAGAUGAGACUGAUACGUCACUUAAGUUGGCACCGCCUAGUUCAGUGCCUGCUAGCUCAGCAAUGGGGGUGCUAAAGGAAGAAAGCAGGUCCUUAGCAUCUGAAGAUGUUAUUCCUGCUAAAAGCAAAGACGGAAAAGUGAAACGAGGUGGGAGCACUGAGAAGCAGCAGUUGCGAGAGCGAAUAAGGGGAAUGCUCCUUGAAGCUGGAUGGACCAUUGAUUAUAGACCAAGAAAGAAUAGAGACUAUCUGGAUGCAGUGUACACUAAUCCUAGUGGAACAUCCUAUUGGUCAAUAAUUAAGGCCUAUGAGGCAUUUCAAAAACGAUCUGAGGUAGAUUCAGGUAAAAGUAAACCUGAUGGCAGCUCUUGUUCAUAUGCUCCAAUAUCAGAUGAUUUAAUUAAUAAACUUACCAGGCAAACACGGAAAAAGAUUGAGAAAGAAAUGAAAAAGAAGAGAAAAGAUGAUGGCAAGAGAGAAGAUCGUAAAAAGACUUCUGUGAGGGAGUCUGCGUUGGACACAGACACUCUUCAGCAUGAGGAGAGGCUCAGUAGCUAUAUAAAGAAAAAAGAUAAGUUGCUGCAAGGCAAAUUACAUGCAAUAGACCGGGAGAGUGGGGAUAAUUCAAGUGACAAUUUGAAGGUAAGGAGACUUAAACAGGAUACAGUUGCAAAAUCAUCUGGUGGAGUUGCUUCUAAUUCAAUACAUGGAAGAAAAAGUAAAUUAAUUGGGCGAUGUACAUUGCUGGUCCGUCGUUCGGACAAGAGGGGAAAUACAGAUAGUGAUGGCUAUGUUCCAUGUACUGGAAAAAGAACCUUAUUGUCCUGGUUGAUUGACUCCGGGACAUUGAAGUUGAGACAGAAGGUUCAAUAUGUGAACCGUAGAAGGACUAGAGUAAAACUUGAAGGUUGGAUCACACAAGAUGGUGUCCACUGUGGUUGCUGUAGUAAAAUCCUUCCAGUUUCAAAAUUUGAGCUCCAUGCUGGAAGUAAACGGCAUCAACCAUUUCAAAACAUAGUUCUAGAGUCCGGAGGUUCCUUACUAGAGUGCUUAAUUGACACGUGGAAUCGGCAAAAAGAAUCUGAUCGCCGGGAUUUCUACAGUAUAGGCAUUGAUGGUGAUGAUCCCGAAGAUGAUGCUUGUGGUAUCUGUGGUGAUGGUGGGGACCUAAUCUGUUGUGAUGGUUGUCCAUCAACUUUUCAUCAGAGCUGUCUGGGCAUACAAAUGCUUCCUCCAGGCCAUUGGCAUUGUCCAAAUUGCACUUGCAAAUUUUGUGGGGCUGCUUGUAAAUUUCCUGAGGAGGAUAGUGAGAGAACUGUCAACGAAAUUCUUUCUUGUAGCCUCUGUGAGAAAAAAUAUCACAAAUCAUGCAGUUUGGAGACGGAUGCUUUAUCUGCUAUAUCCAAUAAUCCAUCUGAAUUAUUUUGUGGGCAGAAAUGUCAGGAGCUGUAUGACCAUUUACAGAAUAUUCUUGGUGUCAAACAUGAACUUGAAGCAGGAUUCUCAUGGUCCCUGAUUCAACGAACAGAUUUGGACUCAGAUAUUUCUCGUUGCCCCUUUCCUCAACGGGUGGAGUGCAAUUCUAAGCUAGCUGUUGCAGUGGCUGUUAUUGAUGAAUGUUUCUUGCCCUUUGUUGACAGGAGAAGUGGGAUAAAUAUUAUUCAUAAUGUUCUCUACAACACUGGCUCAAAUUUAAGUCGGCUGAAUUUCCGUGGCUUCUACACUGCACUUCUGGAAAGGGGUGACGAGAUAAUAUCGGUUGCAUCUAUAAGGCCAUCCUGUUCCAGAGUCGGGCUGAAUCUAUAUCAUCUUAUUUAGGUGUGGCUAGUUCUCCAAAUUUACUGGCCGUAGGGUUUUUCAGUUUUGUUAUUGUUAGUUUUACAGCAUGUAUAUAGUGCAGUAUUGUCCCACAUUGGUAGAGGAGUAGUAUGUC